AUGAAGAAACCUGCAGCAAAGCCUAGCAAACAGAAGAAUGCUCCAGAGGUUGCAGAGCCUCAGCAGAAGGCAGCAAAGUUGACCCCCGAACCGAAGGAGCAAGCAAAGCCGAAGAACGAGAAGAAGGAGCCCGAGAAGACACAGAAAGCUCCCAAAGCAAAGACAAGCCCCAAGGCCAAAGCUAAGGGCAAGGCCCUGGCCAAAGCUAAGGGCAAGGCCCUGGCCAAAGACAAGGCCCAGGCAGUGAAGAAGACGAUCGAGAAGUCUAAGGGCAAAAGCAAGGGCCAAAGCAAGGGCAAAGGCAACACGACCCAGAGCAAAAACACAAAGGGCAAGAACAAGGGCAAGAAGCCGGCAUCCGGGCCACCCAAGCAACCCUCGGCGGAUGAUUGGAAAGAAGGGCUGCUGAUCGACGACAAUCAGGAGGAGCAGCCGGAGGAGGAAAGCCCCCGUGAGAGCGAUGAUUGUGUGUGCCCCAACGACGGUUCCUUUGAGUUGCCUGCUGAGACGAAAGACCGUUCGAAGAACAACAAGUUCCUCAAGCUCCUGCAGUCAGGGGCCCUUCCGGAGUGGCUUCGCUUGGAAUGGGAGCGAAUAAGCAAGCUUAAAACGGGUCGCACAGAAGCCCAGAGGCGACUCGUUAACGGUGCAGUCGACAGAGAUGCCGUGUCGGGCAAGUUGGCCUUGUGCUUGCAGAAGCCUAUGUUCAGGCAACUCGAAGAGAACUACACCAAGACCGUUUCCAGAGAUCGAGACAAGACAUUACCCAAGACCUUGCUGAUGGGCAAGUUCAAUUUGUCGCCGGAGAUGUUCGAGAAUGCACUUGCAGAAGGAGACAUCGUGGAGACAGUCAACAAGAGUGGCAAGAAGGUUUAUGCUUGGUCGGCCGAUGAGCAUGUUAUCGAGAAGGGCAAGCAAGCUUCUCUGAGUUUGGAGUCCGAAAAGAAAGCCACAGCGACCGACAAGAAUUGGUUUGCUGAGGCGAGCAAGGACUGGAAGAUCGGCCUGUUUCAGAAGGGGAGCAGCAAUGCCGGUUCCAGUUCCUCAUCCACGAAGGUGCUUGCAAUCCAGGAUCGAGUUCCUACCGAUGCACCCUUGAAUGAGGCCCAGUGGAAGCAAGCCCAGACCCAGCUUUCCCAGGCCAUGGCCAGUUUUGAUCGUUUGCUCGCCGGUGCAAAGAAGCUUAUCGGCAGCAUGGGUGUCGAGAUGAAAGACGACGAGCUUUACAAGUCGAUGAUGCUUGCAUGA